UGGCCGGGGGCCACGGGCCAGGAUUGGAGGGGCUAGGACACCGAGCUUAAGAAGAUCCCGAGGGGCCUGAGAGCCUGGCUUGGAGCUAAGGGGUGGGUCAGGGACCAGGUGUCAACAAUCCAUAUCUGCCUUUAAUGGUGUGCUAGCUCUGAAGCCUACCUCUUCUGAUACCGUGGGAGAAGACAGACCUCCUUCUUCAUCCAGCACAAGAUACCGUUUCUCUGGAAUAAGAGAUGGGAUAAUACCUCAUUACCAUCAGCUCACUGGACGCAAAGUUUAAGAUGCCUGUUGAACUCAAAAUACUGACCUCUGGGACAGAUACUGAAGCCAGAGGUUGGGGGGAGGGGCUUAGAUACAACCUUCCUCCCAAACUCCUCCCUUCCCUUUUUUCCUCCCUGCCCCAAUAAUCCUAUUUGUCCUCUCUCCAGAAUAUACUUUGCAUUUCUUUGCUCUCUGGACUUUGAACUAAGACCAAAGGAGACAGAACUGCACUUUAUUUUUGUGGGUUUGGAUUUGGGGCUCUCAUCUAAAGCUUUGAAAUGGGAUUGGCCUAGUGGAAAGGUGUGCCAGUGAGAGAAGAGAAGAGUGGUCCAUGGCUGCUGUCUGAUCCUCCGAACUACCAAAAGCAUCUUAGACACCAGGACAGGGGACUGAGCAAAGGGGAUAAAAGGUGCUUCCUUCCCUGCUUCACCCCUCUUCUCUUACAUCAACUCUCCCUUCUCCCUUUUCCCCCCCACUCCAUCCCUUCUAUAGCAUUUUCUUUUAACCCCUCUUGUGAGGGGUCAGGAUGCUGAAGAAGCAGUCUGCAGGACUGGUGCUUUGGGGUGCAAUUCUUUUUGUGGCCUGGAACGCCUUGCUUUUCUUCUUCUUCUGGGCCCGACCCUUACCUGGUGGCCCAUCAUCUGAGGACCCCUUUGCUGAUGAUCCUGCUGACCUUACCCGACGAGUGAUCCGUCUGGCUCAGGAGGCUGAGAUAGAACUAGAACGACAGCAGGGGCUGCUACAGCAGAUUCAGAAGCACAGUGUACUUUGGAACCGGAGACAACAAGUAGUUACUUCAGGCCCUCCUGCUAUCUCCCACCCAACCCUAGCCCCUACAACAUCUGUCCUUCCCAUUUUAGUCAUCGCCUGUGAUCGCAGCACAGUUCAUCGUUGUCUAGAUAAACUUCUCCACUAUAGGCCCUCAGCUGAGCGUUUUCCCAUUAUUGUGAGCCAGGACUGUGGGCACAAGGCAACAGCCCAGGCCAUUGCUUCAUAUGGCAAUGCCAUUAUGCACAUUAAACAACCCGAUCUUAGUAGUAUACCUGUUCCAACUGAGCACCGAAAAUUCCAGGGCUAUUACAAGAUUGCUCGUCAUUACCGCUGGGCUUUGAGCCAAAUCUUCCGUACCUUUAAAUAUCAGGCAGCUGUGGUAGUAGAGGAUGAUCUGGAAGUGGCUCCAGACUUCUUUGAAUACUUUCAAGCAACAUAUCCACUCCUGCGGACAGAUCCAUCACUUUGGUGUGUCUCAGCUUGGAAUGACAAUGGCAAGGAGCAGAUGGUGGAUGCCACAAGGCCUGAUCUUCUUUAUCGAACAGACUUUUUUCCAGGCCUGGGGUGGUUACUGCUAGCUGAGCUAUGGGAUGAGCUAGAGCCUAAGUGGCCAAAGGCCUUUUGGGAUGACUGGAUGCGGCAGCCAGAGCAGCGUCGGGAUCGAGCUUGCUUGAGACCAGAGAUCUCUCGGACAAUGACCUUUGGUCGCAAGGGGGUGAGUCAAGGACAGUUCUUUGACCAGCACCUCAAGUUCAUCAAGUUGAACCAAGGUUUUGUGCCCUUCACUCAAUUGGACCUGUCUUAUCUGAAACAAGAGGCCUAUGAUCGGGACUUUUCUGCCCAAGUAUAUGCUGCCCCCCAAGUGCAAGUGGAAGAGCUGAAAGGCAACCAGAGACAGGAAUUAGGUGAGGUUCGAGUACAGUACAGGGGACGGGACAGCUUCAGAGCCUUUGCUAAGGCCCUAGGUGUUAUGGAUGAUCUUAAGUCAGGUGUUCCCCGAGCUGGCUAUCGGGGCAUUGUCAGUUUUUUGUUCCGGGGCCGCCGAGUAUACUUGGCUCCUCCACAAGACUGGACUGGUUAUGAUCCUAGCUGGAGUUAGCAGUGGCACAUACUCUCCGGUCCUCUACAGGAAGAAUUGGAGAGUCUUGCGUAUAGGCUGCAUUGGGUUUUUUUUUUGUGUGUUUGCUUAUCAGUUGUGCUAUUCUCCCCCCCACCCCCUUUUCCCAAGUGGCAUUCAAGUGCAUUUUCUCUACCUGUUCCAGGAAUGUGGGAUACCUGAUUUAUAUCCUGUUAGCAGUGGGAAAACUUUCCUGGGGAAUAAUGGGACUUUGGGCAGGAGUUUUAUAAUACAGAGAAAAAUUUAGCCCUCUACCCUAAAAAAGGUUUUUUGUUUUUUUUUCAUGAAAAUCUCAAGAAAGUUAUAAUUUUCAGAGAUUUUUUUCUCAUUGGAACUUGUUUAUUAUGUGCUGACUUGACUUUUCCUUUCUAUUAUUGUUCUUUAGCAUUUCCCCUCCCUUUGUCUUAGUUUCCUCAUCUAUUUAGUGAAGAGAUUGGACUAGUUGACCUUUAACAGUCUUUCCAGCUCUAAAUUUCUGAUGUUAUGAUGUUUUUCCCAUUUGAUCCACACGUUUUUCUGAGAGCUUAGAUUGGGACAUAUAUGUGUUUGUGACCAAAACAAGAAUACAUUAAAGCAGACUUGGGGGACUCAUUACAAAAUUUUAGGUUUUGUACUUUUUAAUCCCCUUUAACCUUUAUCCUGUCUCAUCUUCUUACCAUAUAAUCUUUUAUAUAUACUUUUUGUUUUUCUUUAUUAUUUUUUUUAAUAUUUCUCAUUUCAUUUUUCCCCUUCUCAAGCUUAGUAAUUCCCAAUUCUCAAAAGAAAAGUUGAAUGAGGAAAAGUAAUGUCACCCCAAUUCUUCAUUCUCAGGACUAGGGGUAGAUUUUGGGUAAGUUUAAAGUUGAGAGAGUCCUCAGUUAAUGUUGAGGAAAUUCUUUUUCAAGGUGGCAGUCUCCAGUCCCACUUUCUGAACUCAAUUUUUCCUAGUUUUUUAGGAAGAUAUUGCUUCGGAUGGAUGAUGAAAAAGUGAAAGAAUCUUGUCCUCCAUAACCCUUCCCAUUUUCACCUGGGUUCAACUUCUUUGUUGAUGCAGUGGAUUGCUUCUGCUCUCUGACUUUUUUGUUUUCUAUCCCCAGUGGUGGAAUUCAAAGCAAGCAUGGUUAAUACCUUAACAGCUAGCCCCUCUUUCCUACUUGUGUAAUUGUAUUUCCAACAAGGAAAGGGUAGGGUGUGCCCUACCUCACCUCCAUUUAUAUCUUGGGAAAGGAGGAUGAUAAUGGUGGUUGGAUGAGAAACUUGGUCAUUUAUUUUUUUUCUUCCCUGCCUGACCUCGACUUCAUGGAAGAAAAUUGAAGCUGCCUAAUUAUUUUCCAGAAUAAAAUAAAGAUUUUCAUUUGAAAA